CACACGAAGCGGAGCCAGCAGCCAAUCAGCGUACAGCAUUGAGCUUCUGAGCUGUGCUAAUUGUGUUGUUAUGUCAGCCGCUAGGUUUUAACCUACCUUCCUGCGGGCUGAGGCGAUCCAGACAGCGGCCUCCUGUGCGGGAUCUGCCUCCAUGGAGACCCCCAGAGACCCGAUGGAGCGUCCGUCCAGGAAGCGGCAGGACUCCUUCGGGAUGCUGGACAGCCUGGAGGAGGACCGCAGCAGCUGCAGCUCAGACUCCAGCGGCGGCAGCGGCGCAUCCAGCCCAGAGGACAGCGAGGAUGAAGACUUCGGCGUGGGCGGAGUCGGCCAUCAACUCACCACCUCUUCAUCCUCCUCCUCCUCCCUGAUGCUCAUUAAGACCAACGGACAGGUGUACACCUACCCCGACGGCAAAGCGGGCAUGGCCACCUGUGAGAUGUGCGGGAUGAUCGGGGUCCGGGACGCUUUCUACAGUAAAACCAAGCGCUUCUGCAGCGUCUCCUGCUCCAGGAGCUUCUCCUCCAACUCCAAGAAGGCCAGCAUCCUGGCCAGACUGCAGGGGAAGCCACCCACCAAGAAGGCCAAAGUUCUGCAGAAACAGCCUUUGAUGACCAAACUGGCUGUGUAUGCCCAGCACCAGUCCAGCCAGCAGGGCGGCGCCAGAAAGAGCGUCUCUGUGGACAUGUUUGACUGGGGGCGUUACCUGGGAGACGGAGAAGUGACGGGAGCGCCGGUCAGCUGCUUCAAACACGUUCUGAUGGGGAAGUCAUGGGGCAGCGUCAGUGAAGGAGUCCGGGUUGAGGUCCCGAACACCGACAGCGGUCUGCCCAUGAAGGUCUACUGGAUCGCCAGCAUCAUCAAGCUAGCCGGUUUUAAGGCCCUGCUGCGCUACGAGGGCUUCGACAGCGACUCCACCCGGGACUUCUGGCUGAACCUGUGCGUGCCGGACAUCCACCCGGUGGGCUGGUGCGCGGCUGGAGGGAAACCGCUGGUUCCUCCUCAGACCAUCCUGCACAGGUUCGCCAACUGGAAGACCUUCCUCAUUAAGAGACUGACCGGGUCCAAAACUCUGCCACCAGACUUCUCAUCGAAGGUGCAGGAGAGCAUGCAGUUCCCCUUCAAGAAGCAGAUGAGGGUGGAGGUGGUGGAUAAGACCCACCUGUGUCGGACUCGGGUGGCUCUGGUGGAGCAGGUGAUCGGUGGGCGGCUGCGGCUCGUCUACGAGGAAUGCGACGACGGGACGGACGACUUCUGGUGCCACAUGUACAGCCCGCUGAUCCACAGCAUCGGCUGGUCCCGCUCCAUCGGACACCGCUUCAAACGAUCAGAUGGGAUGAGGAAGCUGGAUGGACAGACGGACGCUCCUGGACAGCUGUUUGCCAAGGUGAAGGAGGUGGACCAGACCGGACUCUGGUUCCAGGACGGGAUGAAGCUGGAGGCCAUCGACCCGCUGAACCUGUCUGCCAUCUGCGUGGCCACAGUGAGGAAGGUUCUGGCAGACGGAUACCUGAUGAUCGGCAUCGACGGCUCGGAAGCAGCCGACGGCUCCGACUGGUUCUGUUAUCACUCCACGUCUCCGUCCAUCUUCCCCGCUGGGUUCUGUGAGAUCAAUAACAUCGAGCUGACGCCCCCCAGAGGCUACGCCGGUCUUCCCUUCAGGUGGUUCGAGUAUCUGAAGGAGAGCAAGUCAGUGGCCGCUCCGGUCAACCUCUUCAACAAGGAAGUCCCGAACCACGGUUUCCGUCCUGGGAUGAAGCUGGAGGCCGUGGACCUCAUGGAGCCGCGGCUCGUCUGCGUCGCCACGGUGACCAGGAUCGUCCACCGGCUGCUGCGGAUCCACUUCGACGGCUGGGAAGACGAGUACGACCAGUGGGUGGACUGCGAGUCUCCGGACCUGUACCCGGUGGGCUGGUGCCAACUGACUGGGUACCAGCUGCAGCCGCCAGCUGUUACCGCGGGGUCCAGAGAUCUGCAGUCUGCUGGAUCCAAACAGAGGAGGAAGUCCCAGCAGUACCGAGGACAGAAGAAAAAGAGGAAGUUACCCGUUGCUAAGCGCCCCGUCAGCCUCUCCGGCUCCAUGGUAACGGGAGUUCCCAGGAACCUAUCAGGAGACGAGAACGAGACGCCGCCUGACUACCCGUCGCCGCCUCCUCCGGCCUCGGCCGCCCAGCCGCCGUCCGCCGAACCCGACGCGGAGGGCGGGGCAGGUCUGCAGAUGGAGAUUCACAAUAACACAGGAGGAACGAAUUCCUCAUUCCAGCGAGUGGCGCUGGAAACCAACGGGUCGUCCCGAGAUUUCCUGGCCAACAAAGAUCAGUAAACUUUGCUUCUUCACCACCGAACCAUUUACUGUGAUGAACUAUUAAUUGCCGCCCGCUUCACCUCAUUGGUUUCCUUCCACAAACCCACAAACGGCCUGAAAAGGAAGAAAAUUUAAGAUGAUCGACGUGAUGCGUUCGGGUGCUGUCAGGACAAUGCGGCUCUCAUGAAGUGUUUAAAGUUUGGAAGUUUUCUCCUUAUUUAAAACGUUUUUUUUGCCUUUGUCUCCAACAGGAGAGAAAAUUUGAAGGGUAUCCUGGAAAUUACAUCUUACUUUCCAUAACUUUAAAUUUUGAUGACUCAAUUUACUUUUUUGUUACCUGAUAUUUCCCUAAUACCUACAAGGACAGGUAUUGGGUCAUAUGAGGCGACUUUUUAACCUGGUAGGAAGAGGAGAGCUCAAUUAUAAUAGGUACUCUGACUGAAAGAGACUUUAUAAUACUGAUGAGUUUCCAGUAGCCAUUAGCUCAUUUUGUAUUUGCAAAACUAAGCUGUGAGAAGGUAUGAUGUAAGUUUUAGAAAAUAACAGAAAGAUAACCUCCACAUUUCAGAAAUGUGCCCCAAAAGUCAUGGGAACGUUGCAUCUACAUUACAGGAAGGAAACCACUAAGGUUCAGAAGGUAAUAUUUAAGUUACAGAAAAGUAGCCUUGAAGUUACAAAGUAACUUUUAAAUUAGAAGUAGGUAACCUCAAAGUCACAGGAAGGUAACUUCUAAAGUGAAAGAAGCUAACUUUCAAGUUAGCUUCAGAGGGGAACUUCUUAGUUACAUUAAUGCAACAUCUAAGGUCCUGAUCAAUAGCCUCAAAGGUUCAGAAAGUAACAUUUAAGUUACAGGAAAGUAACUUAAAUUAGAGGAAUGUGACCUCUAAGGUUCAAGAAGGUAAUUUAAGGUUUAGGAAGGUAACUUCUAAGUUACAGAAAAGUAGCCUUGAAGUUGCAGGAAGGUAACCUCUAAGGUUCAGGAAAGUAGGAUUGAAGUUACAAAGUAACUUUAAAAUUAGAAGUAGGUAACCUCCAAGUUACAGGAAGGUAACCUGUAAGGUUCAAGAAGCUAACUUUUAAGUUAUCAGAGGGGAACUUCUUAGUUACAUUAAUGUAACCUCUAAGGUACUGAACGAUAGCCUCUAAGGUUCAAAAAGUUAAGUUACAGGAA